UUUCAACCUCAAGGCCCAAAGGGCUGGUGCGUCAGGUGAGAACCAUGGAUGAAGGCUUUAGAGACCGGACUGCCUUCAUCCGUGGUGCCAAAGACAUUGCGAAGGAGGUGAAGAAGCAUGCAACCAAGAAGGUGAGCAAGGGGAUGGACCGGAUGCAAGAUGAAUACACUAAGCGCUCCUACACUCGCUUUGAGGAAGAUGAUGAUGAUGAUGACUAUCAGCCCCAAGAUGGAUACCACCAUGGGGAGCCCUCCGCUGAUGAUGAAGGGGCUUCCAGCGAUGCUACUGAAGGCCAUGAUGAAGAUGAUGAGAUCUAUGAGGGGGAAUACCAGGGCAUUCCCCGGAAUGAUUCCCUGAAAGGUGGAGACCGAUUGACAGCCAGCCCAGAGGUAGUGAGCGAGUUCAGAGACUUUGACGACCUGGAAGGAGAGAAGAAGAAAGAGAAGGAAGAGCUUUCUCAACAGUAUGAGCUAAUUCUACAAGAGUGUGGACACGGGAAAUUCCAGUGGACACUCUACUUUGUGCUCGGACUGGCCCUCAUGGCUGAUGGAGUGGAAAUUUUUGUGGUUGGCUUUGUUCUCCCCAGCGCUGAGAAAGAUAUGUGCUUGUCGGACUCCAAUAAAGGCAUGCUGGGCCUCAUUGUCUACCUGGGCAUGAUGGUGGGCGCCUUCCUGUGGGGCGGCCUGGCAGACCGGCUGGGGCGCAGACAGUGCCUGCUGAUGUCGCUCUCGGUCAACAGCGUCUUUGGGUUCUUCUCCUCCUUCGUGCAGGGCUAUGGCACCUUCCUCUUCUGCCGACUGCUCUCUGGCAUGGGCAUCGGGGGGUCAAUCCCCAUCGUUUUCUCCUACUACUCGGAGUUCCUGGCCCAGGAGAAGCGUGGAGAGCACCUCAGCUGGCUCUGCAUGUUCUGGAUGAUUGGUGGCAUCUACGCCUCUGCCAUGGCCUGGGCCAUUAUCCCCCAUUACGGGUGGAGCUUCCAAAUGGGAUCCGCCUACCAGUUUCACAGCUGGCGUGUCUUUGUCUUGGUCUGUGCCUUCCCGUCUGUCUUUGCCAUUGGGGCCCUCACCACCAUGCCAGAGAGCCCCCGCUUCUUCCUGGAGAACGGGAAGCACGACGAGGCUUGGAUGGUUCUGAAGCAGGUCCAUGACACCAACAUGAGGGCCAAAGGCCACCCUGAACGGGUCUUCUCGGUGACCCACAUCAAGACAAUCAAACAGGAGGAUGAACUGGUGGAGAUCCAGUCGGACACAGGGACCUGGUACCGGCGCUGGAUGGUCCGCUUCCUGAAUCUUUCUCAGCAGGUCUGGGCAAAUUUUCACCAGUGCUUUGCUCCUGAGUAUCGCCGAGUCACACUGAUGAUGAUGGCUGUCUGGUUCACCAUGUCCUUCAGCUACUAUGGCCUGACCGUCUGGUUCCCGGACAUGAUUAAGCACCUCCAGAACAUGGAAUAUGCCUCCCGCACAAAGGUCUUUGGGAAUGAGACGUUCCGACACAUCACCUUCAACUUCACCCUGGAGAACCAGAUCCAUCGCCGCGGGGAGUACUUCAAUGACAAGUUCAUUGGCCUCAAGAUGAAGUCUGUUUCCUUUAUUGACUCUUUAUUUGAAGAAUGCUACUUUGAGGACAUCACGUCAAGCAAUACUUUCUUCAAGAACUGCACAUUUCUGGCCACCGUCUUCUACAACACAGACCUCUUUGAGUACAAGUUCAUUGACAGCCGGAUCAUCAACAGCACCUUCCUGCACAACAAAGAGGGCUGCCAGCUGGAUUUCAGUGAUGACAACAAUGCUUACAUGAUCUACUUUGUCAGCUUCCUGGGCACCCUGGCAGUGCUGCCGGGCAACAUUGUCUCUGCGCUCCUGAUGGACAAGAUCGGGCGUCUUCGCAUGCUGGCCGGGUCGAGCGUCAUGUCUUGUGUGAGCUGCUUCUUCCUGUCCUUCGGCAACAGCGAGUCGGCCAUGAUUGCCCUCCUCUGCUUGUUUGGCGGGGUCAGCAUUGCAUCGUGGAACGCCCUGGAUGUCCUCACGGUGGAGCUGUACCCCUCGGACAGGAGGACCACCGCCUUUGGGUUCCUCAAUGCUCUUUGCAAGCUGGCAGCAGUUUUGGGCAUCAGCAUCUUCACGUCGUUCGUGGGCAUCACGAAAGCCGUGCCCAUCUUGCUUGCAUCGGCGGCCCUAGCCGUGGGCAGUUCCCUGGCCCUGAAGCUGCCGGAGACCCGGGGGCAGGUGCUGCAGUGAGAGGGAGCCCCCGGCGCUCUUCUGCCCCCCACCCCCGACCGGGGGAGAUUUAGCAUUGUAGACACUGUGACUGUCUUGUUGUGCAUUUCAAUGGGAAAUCUGUCUUCUCUUGGAUUUUAUUCCACAAGCUCACUUGCUCUCGAGUUCUCCUCAUGUCCAUUUCUCCCACGGCUUUGAGGUACA